AUGCAUAAGAGGUGUCUUCUGCUGGAGCGGCAAUCGAACAAACUGAACCACUUUGUUCUCUACUGGCAAGGUGGUAGUCUUAUCGCGCUUGGCACUGGCAACGUAAAUGACCGAUUGAUGCGAAUACGAACACCGGGAUUGUCCAGGAUGGUCCGCUCAAACCUGGCAUUCUGGCACGGCUACCGUCGUGUUUUUCCUCCCAGGAAUAAGUUAAGCUCGACCAUUCAGGCACAUUUUCAUCCUGUUCCUCUGGGAAAUUGUCCUAAAUAG